CCUGCGGGAAGGAGAGAGGGCGGCGGCAGCAGCAGCAGCAGCGCCAUGGAGCUGGUCGGGGCGCAGCAGCAGGCGGGCCUGGCCGGGAGGAAGAGGCAGCCCAACCGCGAGAGGCCCGCCGCGGCCGAGGACGAUGCCCUCAACCAGAUCGCUCGCGAGGCUGAAGCAAGGCUUGCAGCAAAGCGUGCAGCACGAGCUGAAGCACGAGAAAUCCGAAUGAAGGAACUGGAGAGGCAGCAAAAGGAGGCUUCAGAUGAAGAUGAGCGCAUGUCUGUGGGCAGCCGCGGAAGCCUAAGGACUGGAUUAGAGACAGAGAGGACCAAAAGGAUGAACUUCAAAACCACAAAUGGUUGCGAAGAAGAUAUGUAUGGUUCGUCCCAGAGUAGAAAAUCUAGUAGGGCUUCCUGCUACUCUGACCUUAGUCUUCCUUGCAGUGGUUUUCCUUCCAAAUCCCAACCUUCUUCCCAAAAUGGAAACCGGGCAUCUCUGUAUGAUGAGAACUUUAACAGUGGGAAUCGUCGGUAUAGUGCCUCUAGUUCACGUCCUCCUUCGGAGUACAGUUGCCACCUCGGCUCAGGAUCUCGAGCUUCUUCUAGAGCUAGUUCUGCUCGUGCCAGUCCUGUGGUUGAAGAAAGGCCUGAAAAAGACUUUGAGAAGGGGGUUCGUACUGUGUCAAGCUUGUCAGCAGCUACGCUGGCCUCUCUAGGCGGAACUUCUUCCCGGCGAGGCAGUGAAGAUACCUCCUUCUCGUUUGAUACUGAAGCAUCUAUUAAAGAAAUUAAGGAUAUCAAUGAGUUAAAGGACCAGAUUCAGGAUGUAGAAGGAAAAUACAUGCAGGGACUGAAGGAAAUGAAGGACUCUCUAGCUGAACUUGAAGAGAAAUAUAAGAAGGCUAUGGUAUCAAAUGCUCAGUUAGAUAAUGAGAAAACCAAUUUCAUGUAUCAAGUAGACACCUUGCAGGAUGCAUUGAUGGAUUUGGAAGAACAGCUUGCAGAAUCUCUGAGACGAUAUGAAGAGAAAAACAAAGAUUUUGAGAGGGAAAAACACGCCCAUACUAUAUUGCAGUUUCAGUUCAAGGAAGUCAAAGAGACUUUGAAACAAAGAGAAGAACUACUUGCAGAAAUCCGACAACUAAAGCAGAAACAGGAGGACUAUGUCAGGGAAAUGUCUGAUCUUCAGGAGACAAUAGAAUGGAAAGAAAAAAAGAUAGGGGCAUUAGAGAGGCAGAAAGAGUUCUUUGAUUCCAUAAGAAGUGAGCGAGAUGAUCUUAGAGAGGAGGUGGUUAUGCUGAAGGAACAAUUGAAGCGACAUGGAAUAAUACCCAACUCAGAAGUAGCUACCAAUGGAGAAACCUCUGGUGAUAUAGAUAAUGAUGGACUACAAAGUUCUUCCAAUAUUGCUCCAGGGUCAAGUCAUGCCCCUAAGGUAGCUGGGGAUGAUACAUUAGGCAGAGCCAAGGAAGUGGAGAUGAAAAAUGAGAUUUUGGAGAAUGUGGGGAAAAAAGAAAUCUUGCAGAAUACUGAGCAUGAGGAACACACAGAGGAGACUAAGGAACAGGAAAUUGUACAGGAAUGUUCAGAGAUAAAGACGUUGCAUGCUGAUGAAAAUGCGGAGGCAGAGAAAAUCACUGAAGGCAAAGUGGCAUCAACACUGUUAUUAAAUAGUGGACUUGAGGAACCAGCUAAGAGUCAUUCAGAGCAUGUUCCAGGAAUUGUUUGUUCCCUUGAAAACAGUGGUAUAGUUGAAUUAAGGGGUGAAGGGGGGUUCCUUGGUGAUACCAUAGAAGUGAAAGAGUCUGAUGGAAAUGUUGUAAAUAAAAGUGAUACUGAAGUAGCAUGUUCAGGUAUUGAGGCUAAUGGGCAGAUACAUACAGGUUUAGAAAUACUUCCCCAACAGCGAGAUAAAGAUAAGCAAACACAUAUUGUAGGUGAUGAGGCAGAAGGCGAUAAUAAUGAGGUAUUUCAGGAAGCUUUGGAUUUUGUGAAUAACAGCCAUGUGGCAACUUCCAGUCAAUCAGAAUCACCAGAAUUGGCAGAAGAUUUGCUUAUCAAAGUGCCGAGUAUUGACCCUUAUAUUGGACAGCCAGAAAGCAAAAUUGUUGAGAGACAUCUUCUUGAAGGUGGACACAUCAAACUAAUUGAUAAAGCAGAUUGGGAUAAAAAUGAAACUGGUGGAAUUAAUGAAGAGAAAGAGACGGAACAUGCCAUGCAGCAGCAGGCAUGUGAAGUAGCUGUGGAACAAAUUGAAAUAUCUUAUGCAUCAGAUGAGUCUGAAGAACAGAAACAAGUUGGAAUGGGAAAAACUCAGCCCUUAUCUUCAAAAGAUGAAUCAUUUGUUGAAGAGGAACAAAUUACGCAAGUGAUUGGAGCCAGUGAAAAGAAUGAAGAAAAUCCUGCUAUGGAGACGGAUCAGAGAGCAGCUUUAGCGGAAGCAGUGGAUGAACAUUUAGAUUCUACCAUGAAAGAGGUUCAUACAGAAGAAACUGCUGCAGGUGGUGUGAGUCACAGUGAGUGCCAGAUCCCUGAGGAAAGGAACUUAGACCAUGAGGAUGAUUCUAAGAAACAUGGGGACAUUAAAUCAGAAUUCAUAGAUGAUGGCAAAACUCUGGCAGACAUCCAGAUAGCACAUGAAGAAGUUGCUGGUGACAAUAAUGAAGAAGAAGACUAUAAGCUGGCACAAGUUACAGACCGGCCUACAGAAGAGCAAAGUGUAAAUAAACAAGAUGAAACUUUUCAGGAAUCUGCUAGAACUGCAUGUGUAAAUAUGCAGGGCAUUGAAGUAAACAAAGGAAAUGAAGAGGACAAGAAUCGCGAAAAAACAGAAGGAAAGAUUCUUGACAUUGUGCCAGAUAUCGAGAAGGCUCCUUGCCUCACCUCACAGAAGACUGAAUUCAGUGAUCAAGAGAGAAAGCUUGACAAUGAAGAAGAAGAAGAAGAAGAAGUUGUGGAAGAAUAUCAUGAAGCAUUUGAUUUUGCAGAGUCUCCAUUUGGACAACAGGAAACUACUGAAAGGAAUGAUAAUCUUAAUACAAAUAAUAACCAAACGCAAGAGAAAGAUGAGAUUACAGAGCGUGCAACACAGGAUAUAAUAAAAAAGGACACGGAAAUGGAGUAUAGAGAUGAAGAAAGAGAUGCUGAAGAAAAUAAAAAAGGUAAAACCUACCAAGCCUUAGCAGAUGAGGUCAUAAAUGAAUCCACCGUGAUUGAAAGUGAAAAGACCCAGCAGCAGCAAGGGAAAGAAUUGGAAGAAGCUGCACGCUCUCAAACGGAUCCUUCUGCUUCUGUGGCCUCAAAGGCACAGUGUGAAAUUUUGGAAGACCCAAGCAAAAAGAUGUUAGAUGAAAUCAAUAUAGAUCACAUUGCUGAAUAUACUGCAGAGCAGUUAGAAAAACUAAAAAAUGAUGCGCAUGAAAGUGAAGAGGAAGUCCAGGUGGGUAGGAAGGGUAAAGGUAAAUCUCGGGAAGAUUGUGUCAUAUCGUAACCUCAGAAGCUAGGUCAUUAUUGCAUGUUACAAACCUGCCAUCUGAUGAUUUCAGAGUAAAUAUGCUGUUUUAAACAAAAGACCAAAGGAAAAGUUUAACAGUGGAACUAGAUUCGCGCUCUAAAUACAUUUUAUACAACUCGUUAUCUAUAUCAGUAAUGAAUGAAUAUGAAUAUGACAUUUUCUUACCUCUCAGGUUUUAAUUACUGUUUAUCACAGUAAAACAAUGCUAUUAAUCAUACUAAAUCAGAAUUAAGUGCUUUUAAUAUUUCCACCUACAGUAUAAUAUAGCAUUUGAUUCCCCCCCACAGUGUUUUUUAAUGAAAGCUAAGAUUUGAAGGUUCUUAGAAACUGACCACCUUUUGAAUAUAUGCUAACAAUUAUCAAACAUCUUUAUUUUAGAAGCAAGUUGUUAUAAAGCACAUCAGCUUCAAUAUGCUUUCAAAUGCUGGUAGUUUGCCAGAAGGUGAUAAAAUGGCACUUUAUACAGGCUGCAUAUGGACACAUUCUAAAUUAAGGUCACUGCUAUUGCCAAAAUAUAGUUAGGUCAAUAUAGGAAUUUUGUAUAACACAGAAUUAAUGAACAGAAGUUGCAAGUGAAGAACCAUUUGCUAAUAGGAAUAAGUUUGCUAAUAGGAAUAAGUUUACACUUUAGCUAUAUAUAUUAUUUUAAAGAAAGUUUUGAUUCUUUUCUGCUUCAUUUAUAUUGUGCUUAGCUUUUUUAUUAGGUAAUAUUUUCUUCAAGUUAUAUCAUAUGUUCUAUCCUCCCUCCCACCCCAAAUUAAUAUUUUCUUAAAUCUAAAUAUUAAAGUCUUUCCCCUUCUUCUUUGCUGAAAUGUAGGCAAAUUUGGAUGACUUUGUGGGUGCCUUAAUAAUUGUUAUUUAAAACCACAGAACCAAAGGCAACUGUUGUUUUAUGCAUAAAACUCUAUUACACUGCUAUAGAAAAUAAUAAAUACUUUUUUAAUAAUAGCUAAAAUGAAAAUGGAUAAUUUCUAAUUUUUCAGUAUGUAUCUUAUUUCCAAGUUGGAGUAUUUUUAAAGCAGAAAUAAACAUUUUUUUGUAUUAGACUGUUACAAAUAAAGUAGGAUUAUAGUCUGAAUGAUUGUAGCACUGUAGCACUUAUAAUAGAUAAUAAAUGUAUUCAGCUACUAAAGCACAAAAGGAAAAACAAAACAUAUAUCACACACUGAAUUGUAUAUAGAUUGAAAUAAACUUUUUGUACUCUAA